CCGUCCAUAUUUACCUAAGAGUCACUAACAAUUUACUUUACUACGUAAAGCAGAAACGACGAGGGAACGAGAGACACGGUAUCGCGAUACUUUCUUUCCAAGCCGAAAGCAAAAUCGUUUUAAUGUCUGUCCUGUGGAACAUUCUGAUUACGUCGAACAAGUUACAUAUUACGAGCAAGUCUCCGUCGGAGAUACAAAAUGGGGUAAAAAACCACGCAAUAACAUGUUAAUCGAGUAUUAAUACACUGCAAAUCGUAAAUCAGAAAAGUUGUCAAGCGAGGCCGCUAAAAUCGAAUUAAAUCAUACGCCAUUGUCAUAAGCCGUUGGACAUAGAAAAAAUAUUUUAUCAGCGGGACAAUUAGCAGACAAUUUUCAGAUAAUUUCGUCGAAGUCAUGGUUAGUUGUUAUCAUUGACGUAACCACACUCGCCCCUUUUAAUUGACAUCUUAUCACUUGGUAUAAAAGCAGCGUAAAGCGUUAUCCGUUUAACUCACGCGACAUACACUUUUUACGGUCAUCCUCUGGAAUUCAUUCACCGUUCUCCUUUCCUUCGACGUGUACUCUUCUACUUCUCUCUUCCACCGUUCCCACCUUGCCGUCGUCUCUCCUUUUUUCUCUCUCGUGCGCGUCACGCAGGCCCCAGGCGUACCCUUUCUCCUUUUCUCGAUCCCUUUUUCUUCCUCACUUUUCUAUCCCUCCGAGGCAUCAGCCCAAUCGGAACGGGCCGUUUGAUUAAAGACCACAUUCUUAUUCACUUACUCGCCUAUCCGCACCCUCUCCGCGCGCCUCACCUUUGGAUACCUCGCCUCGGUACCGACUGCAAUAUUGGGAACGUCGGAAGUCGAGUUCGACAGAACGUGCGGUGGGGAUCGAAGACGCAUUUGCAGGACAGUGGUCCUCUCGGUGGGCACGCAGCAGAGGACGGUCAGUUUUUGGUACGCCGCGUCUCUCUUCUCAUCGACGAGACACGGAUAACCGGAUACCGGGGUGCCACCGAGGUUCACCGAUACUUUCGCGCCUACAUUUCGAUACACACACACACACAGUGCGGUCCUGCUAAGUUCGCGUCGGUGAAUGACCAAUUUUUCCCAACACUCUCAUCGCUCGCUCGAGAAUAAAUUUCUGCGACGUGAACGUAACCGCCGCCAGCAUGGCUAAUUUCAUAAAGCUCGUAAUCAGCAAUUAUAAUGAAAUUCUAGAUUUUAAAGAUCCUAAAGUGGAUACGUGGCCUUUAAUGGGGUCUCCUGGUCCAUUGCUGUGUAUCAUGGGGACAUACUUGAUUUUUGUUCUAAAAGCCGGGCCAAAAAUGAUGGAGAAAAGGCCAGCUUUUCAAAUGAAUACUAUUUUAAUAUUGUACAAUGGGUUCCAAGUGCUCUUCAGUAUUUGGUUGACAACACUGGCACUGGAAGUCGAUUUGGAAGACGCGCUAACUUUUCAAGGUUGUUAUAUACAGAACAAAUCGUACCAAAGGAACAAAGUUCUACACGAAAAGUUAUCGCUGGGCGCAUGGUGGUAUUUUGUUGCGAAGAUAGUUGAACUCUUGGACACGGUAUUCUUCGUCUUAAGAAAGAAGCAAAAUCAAGUGACUUUCCUUCACGUUUAUCAUCAUACUAUAACGGCCGUUUUCUCGUGGUGCUACUUAAAGAUACUACCCGGUCAACAAGGUGUCGUCGUGGGUGCCCUGAAUUCCAUAGUCCACAUUUUUAUGUAUAGUUAUUAUCUCAUCGCGGCACUCGGUUCUAAAUACAGGAAAUAUCUUUGGUGGAAGAAAUACAUGACCUGGAUUCAGCUGUUGCAGUUUGGGAUGAUGAUGACCUACCUGAUGCUAACUCUGGCUAUGGACUGUCAAAUGCCGAAGGCUUUAACUUAUUUCUUCAUAACAAACAUAGUAAUUUUCAUCUAUCUGUUCAGUGAUUUUUACCGAAAAACAUACAAAGCGAAAAAGAUCCAAUAAAGGGAAUUGAUCGUACGAAGAGAGAAUGAAUAUGAACAAGUUUAGCUGUUUCUAUUUAUAUUGAAUUUUUUAACGACGAGGACAUAAAUUGACGAGGAGAACCAAAUAAUGAAAUAACCGCAAUUGACGAUAAUCUUUCAAAUGAGUCAUCCGUUUUUAUGGUGUGAAGUGACGUGAAAGAUUUAUGCACAUAUCCACAUUUACAUGUGAACGAUAGUUUCCUCAAAUU